UUUUGAAACUACUUCCGCUUUCGAUUGAGUCGAUAGAUGGAUUUUGUAGCAAUAGGAACUUGACUCGAAGAGAGAGAUUUAACAAAUUGGAAAUGAAAAAGGCAUCUGUGAAGAAGUGUCUGUUAAUAGGAACAGUAGCGAUGAUUGCAGCAUUAGUUUUUCAUGUCAUUGGAUUUGGAAUGUCUUCAUGGAUUACAGUUGAUAGAGGAAAUUACACUGAGCAUUUUGGAAUAUGGAAAAUCUGUACCGGAUAUCCAUCUGAAUGUUAUAGUACACCAAGCAGCGAUUGGAUGAGGGCUGUUCAAUCAUUUGCAGUUCUUGGCUUUGUGUCACUUUUAGUCUGUGUAGCUGUGUCUAUUGUACCCCAAUGUUGCUGUAAACAAAACACCCUGAAGUGCAUCUUGUUGAUUGUUGGGCUUGCCAUUUUCGGAGUGAUCUCCCUCCUCUUGUCUAUUGCAAUAUUUUCAAGUAAAAAGGACGAGUUAAUAAAAGGAUCACCACCCCAAAGCUUCAGCUUUAGCUUUGCAUUUUGUAUUACCGCAAUGAUUCUAGCAAUAAUUGCAGUAGUUUGCUUUUUUAUUCAGAUAAAAGAAAAUUAAGAUGUCAAUUUUUAUCAAUUUUACGACUUGUUUGAGGGAGGGUUGGCUCACUGUGGGUCAAGUAAUAUUACAUUUGUAAAUACUUUUCUGGUAAUAAGACAUGGUUUAUUAUGAGAUCUGGAUCAGAUGCUAAAUGGACUACUCUGUUUCAAAUAAAGUUAAAUGCUGUAUUCUACCACUUUAUCACAUAUGUGUGUUGUUACAAUACCGGUAUUAUGGCUGGGAGACCACUGUUUUGUCAUCAUUUACUUACCACUUUUGUUUCUAAUAAAGUUUGAUGUUGUAUUUUACCGCAUUAUCACAUCUGGGUGUUGUAACAAUAUUGUGGCUGGGAGAACACUGUUAUGUAAUCAUUUAUUGAACUGCAUUUCUAGUCAAGCUUUCUUUUUGAUUCUGGUAUGUCUCCCAGCGGAACACUUUAAUUUGUAAUUGUUUAUA